AUGGGUGACUUCAAACCUCCGCUACCUCAAGGCGCUGGGUACGCUAUUGUAUUGGGACUAGGGGCCGUAUUUGCAGGACUGAUGGUUUUGACAACCUAUAUGCUAAAACGUUAUCAAAAGGAAAUCAUCACGGCUGAAGAAUUUACUACUGCUGGUAGAUCCGUGAAAACAGGUUUAGUAGCCGCGGCUGUGGUUUCAAGUUGGAUUUGGUGCUCCACAUUGUUAACGUCAUCGACUAAGGAGUAUGCAGAUGGUAUCUUUGGAGGGUAUGCAUACGCCGCUGGCGCAUGUUUUCAAAUUAUUGCGUUUGCAAUUCUGGCUAUUAAGACCAAGCAGAUGGCUCCCAACGCACACACAUAUCUGGAGCUAGUAAGAACAAGAUAUGGUAAGAUCGGACAUGGGUGCUACUUGUUCUACGCCAUUGCGACCAAUAUUUUGGUCACUUCUAUGCUUUUAACUUCAGGUUCUGCUGUCUUUAGUGAUUUAACCGGGAUGAACACUAUUGCAUCUUGUUUUUUACUCCCAGUCGGCGUUGUUGUUUAUACUUUAUUUGGUGGUAUUAAAGCAACUUUCUUAACCGACUAUUUGCACACAUGUGUCAUAAUCAUUAUUGUUCUCGUAUUUGCCUUUAAAGUUUAUGCCACUAGUGAUGUUUUGGGUUCACCGGGCAAAGUGUACGAUUUGGUCCGUGAAGCCGCCAAAAGGCAUCCAGUAGAUGGUAACUAUAAAGGUGAAUAUAUGACUAUGACAUCGAAAUCUGCCGGUAUCCUAUUAAUUAUCAACCUGAUUGGAAAUUUUGGCACCGUUUUCCUAGAUAACGGUUAUUGGAACAAAGCAAUUUCUGCUAGCCCCGCAGCAAGCUUGAAGGCAUAUGCCAUAGGUGGGUUAGCAUGGUUUGCUGUACCUUCCCUGAUUUCAUUGACUAUGGGGUUGGCUUGUCUUGCAGUCGAAACGUCUCCAAAUUUCCCCACAUAUCCUGAUCCACUAACUUCAUUUCAGGCAAAUUCUGGCUUAGUUUUACCAGCUGCGGCAAUUGCGAUUAUGGGUAAAGGAGGUGCUGUAGCAUCACUGCUAAUGAUCUUCAUGGCUGUCACGUCCGCCAUGUCUGCUGAAUUGAUUGCUGUUUCAUCUGUUUUCACUUACGAUAUUUAUAGGGAAUAUAUCGAUCCUCAUGCAAGCGGUAAGAAGUUGAUUUACACAUCACAUGCUGCUUGUAUCUUUUUCGGUCUAGCUAUGAGUGGAUUUUCAGUUGGUUUGUAUUAUGGUGGUAUUUCUAUGGGCUACAUCUAUGAAAUGAUGGGUAUAAUUAUCAGUAGUGCAGUGUUACCUGUCGUUUUGACCUUGUGUUCCAAAGACAUGAAUUUAAUCGCCGCUGUAGUAUCACCAAUUUUGGGUACAGGGUUGGCUAUAAUGUCAUGGCUAGUUUGCACUAAGUCUCUUUAUAAAGAGUUGACUGUGGACACAACGUUCAUGGACUAUCCAAUGCUAACAGGUAACUUGGUGGCUUUACUGUCACCAGCAAUCUUCAUUCCUAUUCUAACUUAUGUUUUCAAACCACAAAAUUUUGACUGGGAAAAAAUGAAAGACAUCACUAGAGUUGAUGAAACUGAAGAGCUGGUUCAAGCUGAUCCUGAUAUUCAGCUUUACGAUGCCGAAGUUAACAAUAAGGAGCAAGAAGAAGAAGCAAAUUCUCUGACCUCUGAUAAUGAAAAAAACGAUGUAAAAGUAAACAAUGAAAAAUUGAGUGACCGUAACCUAGGUGUUGUGAUAAGUAAUGCUAUUUUGAAAGAGGAUGAGACGCAAUUGCAAGAAGAAUUGGAUGAAGAACAAAGGGAACUGGCACGUGGUUUAAAGAUAGCAUACUUCCUAUGUGUUUUCUUCGCUUUGGCAUUUUUGGUUGUUUGGCCCAUGCCCAUGUAUGGUUCCAAGUAUAUUUUCAGCAAGAAAUUUUUUACCGGUUGGGUUGUAGUGAUGAUAAUCUGGCUUUUCUUCAGUGCAUUUGCUGUCUGUAUUUAUCCGCUUUGGGAAGGUAGGCAUGGUAUAUAUACCACCUUGCGUGGACUUUACUGGGAUUUAUCUGGUCAAACCUAUAAAUUAAGAGAAUGGCAAAGUUCCAACCCACAAGAUCUGCACGUAGUAACAAGUCAGAUUAGUGCAAGAUUACAUAGACAAUCGUCUCAAUUUGGAAAAGUUGACGACAUAAUUUAG